GGGGCCAGCCGCGCUGGGCCUCCAGGGCUCUGGCUAGUUGGUAAACAGAUGCGAGGCGCGUGCGGGGCGCUGUGGCUGCUGCGAGCACGCAGAGGCGGCGGGAAGGCGACCACAGACCUCGUUUCCUGCAGCUGCAGCCAGCCCUGAAGAAUGGCUGCCAUGUUGGGGGACGCCAUUAUGGUGGCUAAGGGCCUUGCCAAGCUGACCCAGGUGGCUGUAGAAACCCACCUGCAGCGCCUGGGCUUCGGUGGGGAGCUCAUCAUGGCUGCCAGGGCCCUGCAGUCCUCCGCCGCAGAGCAGCUUGGCAUGUUCUUUGGGAAGGCGCAGGGUCAGGAGAAACCAGAAGAGCCUUAUGCCGAGGGCUUCGAUGACCUGGAAGCAGAGUCCCACUUCUCUGGGCCAGAGGCAGAGGGAGCCUCCACGGACUUCUCUGCAGCUGCCGCCCCUGACCAGUCGCCCAUGGGCCAUGGCCACAGUGAGGGCCCGGCUCCUGCCUAUGCUGCCAGUGGACCCUUUAGGGAAGCUGGGCUCCCGGGCCAGGCUGCCUAUCCUGUGGGCAGGGUUAAUGGGAGAGUCUUUGCAAAUCCCAGAGACUCAUUCUCCGCCAUGGGCUUCCCACGAAGGUUCUUUCACCAGGACCAGUCCCCUGUGGGGGGCCUCACAGCCGAAGACAUUGAGAAGGCCCGGCAGGCCAAGGCGCGCCCUGAAAGCAAGCCCCACAAGCAGAUGCUCAGUGAGCGGGCUCGGGAGCGGAAGGUGCCAGUUACGCGGAUUGGGCGGCUGGCCAACUUCGGAGGUCUGGCUGUGGGUCUGGGCUUUGGGGCACUGGCCGAGGUCGCCAAGAAGAGCCUCCGCCCUGAGAGCAGCGCUGAAGGGAAGAAGGCCGUGUUGGAUUCCAGCCCCUUCCUGUCGGAGGCGAACGCGGAGCGCAUCGUGAGCACGCUGUGCAAGGUGCGCGGGGCAGCGCUCAAGCUGGGCCAGAUGCUGAGCAUCCAGGAUGAUGCCUUCAUCAACCCCCACCUGGCCAAGAUCUUCGAGCGGGUGAGGCAGAGCGCCGACUUCAUGCCGCUGAAACAGAUGACGAAAACCCUCAACAACGACCUGGGCCCCGACUGGCGGGACAAGCUGGAGUACUUUGAGGAGCGGCCCUUCGCGGCUGCCUCCAUCGGGCAGGUGCAUCUGGCCCGCAUGAAGGGCGGCCGCGAGGUGGCCAUGAAGAUCCAGUACCCGGGCGUGGCGCAGAGCAUCAACAGUGACGUCAACAACCUCAUGGCCGUGCUGAACAUGAGCAACAUGCUCCCAGAAGGCCUAUUCCCGGAGCACCUGGUGGACGUGCUGCGGCGGGAGCUGGCCCUCGAGUGCGACUACCAGCGGGAGGCCGCCUGUGCCAGGAAGUUCCGGGAGCUGCUGAAGGACCACCCCUUCUUCUACGUGCCCGAGAUCGUGGACGAGCUCUGCAGCCCCCACGUGCUGACCACGGAGCUGGUGUCUGGCUUCCCCCUGGACCAGGCUGAAGGGCUGAGCCAGGAGGUUCGGAACGAGAUCUGCUACAACAUCCUGGUUCUGUGCCUGAGGGAGCUGUUCGAGUUCCACUUCAUGCAGACAGACCCCAACUGGUCCAACUUCUUUUAUGACCCUCAGCAGCACAAGGUGGCCCUUCUGGACUUUGGGGCAACGCGGGAAUAUGACCGAUCCUUCACUGACCUCUACAUUCAGAUCAUCAGGGCCGCUGCUGACAGGGACAGGGAGGCCGUGCGGCAGAAAUCCAUCGAGAUGAAGUUCCUCACUGGCUAUGAGGUCAAGGCCAUGGAAGAUGCCCACCUGGAUGCCAUUCUCAUCCUGGGGGAGGCCUUUGCCUCGGACGAGCCCUUUGAUUUUGGUACCCAGAGCACCACUGAGAAGAUCCACAACCUGAUUCCCAUCAUGCUGAAGCACCGUCUCAUCCCCCCACCCGAGGAGACCUACUCCCUACACAGGAAGAUGGGGGGCUCCUUCCUCAUUUGCUCCAAGCUGAAGGCCCGCUUCCCCUGUAAAGCCAUGUUCGAGGAGGCCUAUAGCAACUACUGCAAGAGGCAGGCUGAGCCGCAGUAGCCACUGGGCCUGCAGUCCUGCCCAAGCUGGUCCGAGGGGACGCCGUCCCUCACGUGGGCCACAGACUAGUAGGAGUGGUGGUGUCGAUGCUCUGCUCCAGCUCCUCUGCCCACCAGGAAAGGGUGGCUUGUUCUGCUGGGGAGAGGGAGGCUGCCUGGAGCCCCCAUGGCCAGCACGUGAUAG